AUGCAACUCACAAACAAGAAGACAUCUCCUAACAAACUAUCUCCAAAUUCAGGUAUUUACUCUGAAAAUUCAGAGACGCUUGGCCUUGAUCGUGGGGGGAUCCGCAGCCGGCACGGGGCCGCGGGCGCAGGCAAAGCUUUAAGCCGCCUCCCAGAGGUUGAGUCUUCUGAUACAAUAGAAAAUGUAAAGGCUAAGAUCCAGGACAAGGAAGGAAUUCCUCCCGAUCAGCAGCGACUGAUUUUUGCUGGUAAGCAAUUAGAAGAUGGACGCACACUGUCUGACUACAAUAUUCAAAAAGAAUCAACUCUUCAUCUUGUGCUGAGACUUCGUGGUGGUGCUAAGAAGAGAAAGAAGAAGUCUUACACUACUCCCAAGAAGAACAAACAUAAGAGAAAGAAGGUUAAGCUUGCCGUGCUUAAGUAUUACAAGGUGGAUGAGAAUGGCAAGAUCAGUCGUCUACGCCGGGAGUGCCCUUCUGAGGAGUGUGGAGCAGGAGUCUUCAUGGCUAGCCACUUUGACAGGCACUACUGUGGCAAAUGCUGUCUGACAUACUGCUUCAAUAAACCAGAAGACAAGUAAAUGUACUAGACAAUAAAAAUCUGAAGUUCUCUAU